ACUCAACCUCUCACUCUUCCAAAAAAACCUUCCCUUUAACCUCUCCUCCUUUCACCGUUUAUUUUCUUUUCUUUUUUUUUUCCAAAUCAACAUGACUACCGAACAAGAACAGGUGGCUACUCAUCCUGUCCCCGAACGCCUCCUGAAUUCACCUGAAUGUCCGACACCACACGUCGAUUCCUUGGAGAAAUACAAAGCCAUGUGGACAGAAAGUGUCGAGCAACCCGAAAAGUUCUUUGGCAACCUUGCUCGCGAAUUAUUGAUCUGGUCCAAGCCUUUCACGACGGUUCGUCACGGUUCGUUUGAACAAGGCGAUGUUGCUUGGUUUUUGGAGGGAGAAUUGAACGCUUCAUAUAACUGCGUUGAUCGUCACGCGUUGAAGAAUCCCAAUAAAGUGGCUAUCAUCCAUGAAGGUGACGAACCUGAUCAAGUACGCAAGAUUACGUACGGCGAAUUGCUGCGCGAUGUGUGCCGUAUGGCCAACGUCUUGAAAUCUUUGGGAGUGCGCAAAGGAGACAAUGUCGCUAUUUACAUGCCCAUGGUGCCGGAAACCAUGGUGGCGAUCUUGGCUUGUGCUCGUAUCGGUGCGGUUCAUUCCGUCGUGUUUGCUGGUUUCUCGGCUGAAUCGCUUCGUGAUCGUGUCAUUGAUUGCUCCGCUCGUAUUGUGAUCACCUCCGACGAAGGCCGUCGCGGUGGCAAGAACAUUGCUACCAAACGUAUUGUCGACGACGCUUUGCGCGACCAUCAGACCCAUGUUGAGCAUGUGCUUGUGUUGCGCCGUACGGGUUCCCCUGUGCCUUGGGUCGAAGAUCGCGAUUUGUGGUGGCAUGAAGAGAUGGUCAAGGCCCGAGCCUUCUGUCCUCCGGAGCCCAUGAACUCUGAAGAUCCUCUUUUCUUGCUUUAUACCUCCGGCUCCACCGGUGCCCCCAAGGGUAUUCUUCACACCACCGGUGGUUACUUGCUGGGCGCCACCGCCACCGUGAAAUAUAUUUUUGAUUACCACGAGAAUGAUGUGUUCGCAUGCAUGGCCGACAUUGGCUGGGUCACUGGCCACACUUACAUUGUGUACGGUCCUUUGUCUCUCGGUGCUACCACGGUGCUUUUCGAAUCCACCCCUACCUACCCUAACCCUUCGCGCUUCUGGGAUCUUAUCCAGAAACACAGAAUCACCCAGUUUUAUACCGCUCCGACGGCUAUCCGUGCUCUCCGUCGUUUGGGUGAUAAGUGGCUCGAAGGAUACGAUCUUUCCUCUUUGAGAGUGAUUGGUUCCGUGGGUGAACCUAUCAAUCCGGAGGCUUGGGAUUGGUACAACGAAAAGGUGGGUCAGAAUCGCUGUGCGGUGGUCGAUACCUACUGGCAGACCGAAACGGGUUCCAUUAUCAUUAGCCCUCUGGCAGGUGCUACUCCUACCAAGCCUGGUUCGGCAACGUUCCCCUUCUUCGGUAUCAAGCCUGUGAUUCUUGAUCCCACCACGGGCAAGGAAGUCGUAGCCACAGACGAAACUGGUGUACUCGCCAUCCGUCAGCCUUGGCCUUCCAUGGCUCGUACCGUGUACAACAAUCAUCACCGCUACAUGGAAACUUACCUCAAGCCUUACCCUGGAUUCUACUUUACCGGCGAUGGUGCUUCGCGUGAUAAAGAUGGUUAUAUUUGGGUCCGUGGACGUGUGGAUGAUGUGAUCAAUGUGUCUGGUCACCGUCUUUCCACGGCCGAAAUUGAAUCCGCUCUUGUGCAUCACCAAGCUGUGGCUGAGGCGGCGGUGAUUGGUGGCCAUGACGAUUUGACUGGUCAAUGUAUCCACGCCUUUGUGUCGCUGAAGCCUCAUAUUGAAACGGCGGAAGGUUUGGAGAAGGAACUUACUUUACAGGUUCGCAAGAUCAUUGGUCCUUUCGCUACUCCCAAGCGCGUCUACAUCAUCCAAGAUCAUCCCAAGACUCGAUCCGGCAAGAUCAUGCGCCGUAUUCUUCGCAAGAUCGUCAAUGGUGAACAGGAUCAGCUCGGUGACAUCUCCACCUUGGCCGAUCCUUCAGUGGUUCCCGUUUUGAUCGACAAGGUUCGCUGCCGUCUAUAAAUUAGAUGAAAAGAUUCCCGACCUUUUUUUUCCUCCACCAACGGAGCACUAUUUUUAAUUUUUGUACAGACGUAUUGCUUUUACCUCAUAAUAAAGAAAAAAGGAAAACUUGCUACCAUGGAUGUAAUGAGUUCAAAGCAACAAGGAUGGAAAGCGAGACUGUAUUCUGUAGCAAAAACACAGAUAAAGAAAAAUAGUAUCCCUUUAACGGC